AUGACUGGUGCCACGGUUCGUGAACAGAUAUAUGGUCUCGAGGUCAAUCCAGAAGGUGGUUUUGUGGGAUAUGGUGAGCAACAUAUGUGGACUCAUAAGUCGGGCUUGACUCGGCUCCCCUAUUUUGAUGACCUUCUCCUUCCACACAACAUUGAUGUAAUGCACACUGAAAAGAAUGUUGCCGAGGCACUUUGGGCAACAAUCAUGGACAUUCCUGACAAGUCAAAGGACAACGUUAAGGCUAGAGUGGAUCUGGCAACGAUAUGCGAUAGACCAAACCAACAUAUGAAGCCUCCUAGUCGCGGCAAGACAUGGAGAAGGCCUAAGGCCGAUUUUGUCUUGAGCAAGCCCCAAAGGAGGGAAGUACUAGAAUGGAUCCAGACGUUAAUGUUCCCUGAUGGGUAUGCAGCUAAUCUGAGGAGGGGAGUGAACUUAUCUACUAUGCGAGUCUUAGGGAUGAAGAGUCAUGACUACCACAUAUGGAUUGAGCGGCUUCUUCCGGCGAUGGUUCGAGGCUAUGUCCCUGAGCAUGUCUGGCUUGUGCUGGCAGAGUUGAGCUAUUUCUUUCGCCAGCUUUGUGCCAAGGAGUUAUCUCGGACCGUGAUUGCUGACUUGGAAAGAAUGGCACCUGUGUUGCUCUGUAAGUUGGAGAAGAUCUUUCCACCCGGCUUCUUCAAUCCGAUGCAGCAUUUGAUUUUGCACCUCCCGUACGAGGCACGAAUGGGGGGGCCCGUGCAGGGCCGUUGGUGCUAUCCAAUCGAGAGAUGUCUAAAGGUUCUUCAAAAGAAAUGUAGAAAUAAAUACAAAAUCGAGGCUUCCAUUGCAGAGGCAUACAUUCUGGAGGAGGUGGCGAACUUCACAACAACAUACUAUGGUGACAACCUCCCUAGCGUGCAUAAUCCACCCCCUCGUUACAAUGCUGGCGAAAAUGAAUCGAACCUCAGCCUUUUCCGAGGCCAACUCGGAAGCGCAAGUGCAUCGACCCCCAAGACCUUGAAUCAUGAAGAGUGGCGCCAUAUCAUGCUAUACGUGUUGACCAACCUUGACGAAGUGGCACCGUACAUGCAGUAAGUUCUCAACGAACUUGUUAAAUACGCCAUCACUAUUCUGCAUCCAACCCCCUUGUUUCUCGUUGGUACAGGGAAUUUCUUCAUGAAUUCUGGCGUCAAUCAAGGGAUCCUACCCCGCAGCAGGUAGAUACCCUUCUUAGACAGGGUGCGGGAAAUGGAAUGCCCGAUUUCAUUUCUUGGUUCAAACGGAAGGGCCAGAGGGAUGCGUCUAUGUGUGCCGAGUUGAGACAGGUUGCCGAUGGCUUUGCCUAUAGGGUCAGGUCAUUUUCUGGUUAUGACGUGAAUGGAUAUCGCUUUCGCACAACAAGCUACGAGCAGAGUCGGCCCAAUCGAAGAACCACAAGUUCCGGAGUUUUUACGCCCGGCGUUGAUGAGGUCGAGUAUUAUGGAAGAAUUGAAGAAAUAUACGAACUCAAGUUUCAUGGUUCCAAACCUUUUAAUCCCGUCAUAUUUAAA